AUGAAGGAAGAAGCAAAUAGGAGGGACCCGAAUAAGUACUGCCAGUACCAUCGAACUCAUGGUCAUGAUACAAAUGAUUAUUACCAGUUGAUAAAUGAGAUAGAGAGGCUCAUCAAGAGGGGACACUUUAGGAACUUCGUGAAAAUGCCGGAAGGCCAAAGACCACAGCAAAACACAGCAGGGGAAAGGCCUAGGAGAUAUAUUGGGGCAACAAUGAAUGGCAGCUCCAAUGGGACAAUCAAUAUAAUUAUAAGAGGGACUGGAGGCCGUAUGAGUCAGAGGGAGAAGAAGAGAAGCAGAAAUGGGGAGGAGAGCAGCGCUGAAGUAAUACAGAUCGUGGAACAUUCCUUAAUGACUAUCUAUUUUUCUCCAGAGGAUGCCCAGGGAGUUCAAAUGCCUCAUGAAGAUGGUAGCAGGGUGAACCUGCUGCCCUAA